AUGUCAAACACUUUCUUUAGUUACUUCUUUAUCACAAAAAGUACAGGAAUAUUCAAUAUCAAGUAUCAAUCUUUGCAGGGUAUUGUGUGUAAUAUUUAAAAGAAACCUCCUUAACUUUAUUAUUAAGUCAAAUGAACCACCAAAUGUGUUUCAGGUUGAUUUCUCCGUGAAAUCAGAAUUUAACAACAAGAGGUGUUAUAGACAGUGUUGUGAAGAGCCUCCCUCUGCACACGGAGUUGUUUUGAUGACGGACCCUGUUCCUCUCACUUCCGGUGUGUAACGCGUGUGUGAUGGAGGUGGUUCUGCUGGGACUGAGUGACGGGGAUCUGGACCCGGAGCGGUACCGAGCCUCGUUCAUAACCAACAAGCUGGGGGGGAAACCGGACUGGAUGCUUCCGGACCCGGAGCGACAGGCUCCCCGUUGCGCGCGCUGCGGAGCCCCGUUAGCCCACGUCGUGCAAGUGUACUGCCCCGUGCACAUCUGCCCCCCCCACCACAGGACACUUUACCUGUUCGCGUGCACAGGGUGCAGCAGCAGUUCAGAAACCUGGAGGGUGAUUCGCUCCCAGCGUCCGGAGGAGACUUCCUGCAGAAAGGCUCCGAUUCAAGAGGCUCCAGCCGCCUCAGAGUGGUGCGACACCGCUGAGGACUGGGGGGAGGAAGAAGAGGAGGAAGAGGAGGAGAGUGGAGGUGGGAGGAAGGAGAGCCAGGUGCAAGAGGAGGAAGCAGCUCCUCAGGAAGAAGCCGCCGGAGAGAUGCACGUGAGCCUCGGCCUUCAGGACCUGACCCUCGGAGACGACGUUCCUGAGGAAAACGUUCCCGAACUCCGCUCGUUCUUCAUCAGCGUGGCGGAGGAAUCUGAGCUUUGCGGGGAGGAAGACGAGCUGCAUCACGCUCAGAAGCUUCUGCGGGAAUACGAGAGGAGGGAGGGGGUUUCCGCGGGGCAGAUGGAGGACGAAGAUGGAGGCGGAGGUGAGGAGAAAUACGAGAAGACGAAAGCCAGACACGGAGACGCCGUUUUCUCUCGCUUCAUGAAGAAGAUCUCGCUCUGUCCGCAGCAGAUUCUGCGCUACAGCCGGCGAGGAAAACCUCUCUUCAUCUCACAGCCGCCGGAAAACAUGCAGGUGCCGAGAUGUGGCUCCUGUGGUGGGGAACGGACGUUUGAGAUGCAGCUGAUGCCCGCUCUGGUGAGUCUUCUGAGGGGGAGGAAGAGGAGGGAGAAGGAGGAAGAGGAGGAAGUGGAGGUGGAGUUUGGGACGGUGCUGGUGUUCACCUGCAACAACAGCUGCUGGACGGAGGAUUCGGGAUCCACUGUGGAGGAAAUCUGCUUCGUGCAGCCGGACCCCGACCAGAAGCUCUUCAAAUGACGAACUUCAACAUUAACCUCAAAGAAGAACUCAGAAUUCAACAGAACUAUCAAAUAAAUCCUCCCUUAAAGGAAUGAGUCUCUAAUGAGGUUCUAUUAUAUUAUAUUUAAGAGGUUUUCUAUUUCCUGAAGUGUGUUCGAUAGGUUUGAGUGCAUGUAAAUGGUCUGCAGAGGCAAAAAUCCCUGUUUUUAAAUGACAAACAUCAACAAACCUCAAAGAACUCAGAAAGUCAGAGUUCAACAGAACUAUAAAAUAAAUCCUCCCUUAAAGGAA